GCCCGGGGCCGGCUCACGGCGCCGGUGCCGACGCGUCGCCCUCGACGGAUGCCCCCAUUAUGCCGCCGACAUUACGGCGCUGAUCCGACCGGGAGGAGGCUGCAGCGGCGCGCGGGCCAUCUCGACAGCCGCCGCCUGAGCCGCUGAUCCCACCGCCGAGCCACCGACCGAGAGUGGUGGAGCGAGCAGCCAGCGAGCGGCCGAAAGACGGCGGCGAGACGGUGAAAAGACGGCGGCGAGACGGUGAAAAGACGCGCCGGGCGCCGAUGGACGCAGUUAGACUGAGAAGUGAGCCGUCACAGACGUCAUCCGACUGAAGAGUGAGCCGUCACAGACGUCAUCCGACUGAGGAGUGAGCCGUCACAGACGUCAUCCGACUGAAGAGAGAGCCGUCACAGACGCUACUGGACUGAGAAGAGAGCCAUCGGCCUAGUGAAUGGUGACACCGGCGCAGGCGACAGGAUGAACAGGCUUCGAUCGUGAAUAGGACGUCGCAAAAAGGAGUCCCAGUGAGUGCUGGCAACGGUCCAUAAAUAUAGCGUGUAUCUCCGGGGGCCGCAGACGGAUACAGCAGAUAGAGCAGCGCAAAAGGACGGCAGUAAUAGCUGUGAAUGCUACCCGGCAUUGAUGACUGCAGUGAGGAUGAUCUGACAAUGAUGACAAGUGAUCUUUGUCGUUCGUUGGUGAGAGCAAUGAUCUGAUCGCACCUGGGAAUCAACAGUGACAGUGGGGGUUGUCCAGCGAUAGUGACAGUGACAGCAGUCUUGGUGCCAGUCGUGUCUAGACUUCAUCAGUGACAGUGGAUACUUCAUCGGUGGUGACAGUGAUAUCACACUGGUACUGGUGACGGUGACUGCCAGUGCGCGGACAGCCACAGACCGAGAUAGCGGCGAGCUGCGGUAGCCAGCCACCAUGACUCGUCCACGUGUCGAUCGCGAUGGGUUUGCCGACUGUCUUUACGAAAACGAUGGCCUCACCCAACGGCUGUGUGGAAGCUAUGAAUUCAUCGACCAGCUUUGUGGAAACUAUGGGUCCACCGGCCGGCUGUGUGGAUCCAGCGGCCGGCUGUGUGGACGAGGUGGAUCCACACUCCCCAUCAGGCUGUGUGUCCGUCUCUUGGCCCUGAUCUCUCUCUGGUCGGCGGCUGGGGCCAGUUCGAGCCCCGCUGACGAGGGUCUGUCGCUGCUGGACCUGCAGGAUGUCAGUGAUCUGGACACAGGCCAGUUGACCUCCGUGUCGGCCAUGCGCGGAGGGGUGGCGGAGCUGCCGUGCCACGUCGACCCGGACAACAGUCACGACGUGCAGCGGCUCGUGCUCUGGUACUGGAGCGGCUCUGGAGCGCCCUUCUACAGUUACGACACCCGCGGCGGUCGGAAGGGCCAGGGCACCCACUGGGCCAGCGAGGACUCCCUGGGGCGCAGGUCGCGGUUCGACCCGCACGGUCGGGCGCCGGUGCUGAGGAUAAAGGACGUCACGCUGGCCGAUGCCGGGAUGUAUCGGUGCAGAGCCGACUUCAAGACGUCACCGACGCUCAACGCCCGCGUCAGGCUCACCGUCGUAGUACCUCCCGGGACCCCGGAGGUGGUGGACGACUCUGGCCGCCGGGUGGAGGGACGCGCCGGACCGUACCACGUCGGUACCUCUGUGACCUUCGUCUGCCGGGUCAGAGGAGGUCAUCCAGCACCUAACGUCACCUGGUGGCUGGACGGCGAACUGCUGGACGACUCAUGGGAGAGAGACGGCGACGGUCUCACCUCGAACACGCUGCGUCUGGAGCGGCUGCAGCGGCACGACCUGCUGCGCACGUAUACCUGUUCUGUCAGCAACAGUCAGCUGCAGAAGCCGCUCACAGUCGCGCUCCGACUCGACGUCACAUAUCCGCCGCAGCGCGUGGAAAUACUGAACUCGAAGAGUCUGGUACUGGAGGCUGGCCGUGCAGUGAACCUGACCUGUCAGGUCACCGGGUCGCGACCUCCUCCAGUCAUCACCUGGUUCAAGAACGGAGAGUCUCUUCCUGGCGGCACGCCGUGGACCAGUUCUAAUAACGUGACGUCAUCAACUGUGGAGCUGGUGACGUCAGCAGGUGACGCCGGUCACGUGAUCAGGUGCCGAGCGUACAGCCCGGCUGACCCGUCCUCAGCACUCGAGGACCAACUGGCGCUCAGGGUAAACCACGCGCCGCUGGUUCGUGUUUCGGUGGCCAGCAGUCUGCGGCUGGCCGACAUCCAAGAGGGCGAUGACGUCUAUUUCGAGUGUGACGUCACCGCCUCGCCUCCGGCGCACUCGGUCCAGUGGAGGCUGAAUGGCCGUCCUCUGGUGCCCGACUCGCUGCCCGCUGGUGUGAUGGUGGUGAAUCGAAGUCUGGUGCUACAGAAAGUGACCAGUGACGGCAGUGGCAGCUACUCCUGCGCCGCCUCCAACGCAGAGGGAGACGGUGUCAGCGACUCCGUCAGCCUGCUCGUCCGCUACGUUCCACGCUGCAGUGUCCGCCAGCAGACGGUCUACAGCGCCGCUCUCCAUCAGACAGUGAAGGUGCCGUGCAGGGUGGACGCCCUUCCCGACCAGCUGACCUUCCACUGGUCCUUCAACAACACCGGCGACAUCGUCCACCUGCCCACGCACCAGUUCACGGUGAACGGCUCAGGGAGUACGGCCAUCUACACGGCCCAUUCGGCGCUGGACUACGGCACUCUGCUGUGUUGGGCGCAGAACGACGUCGGUCUGCAGAGGGAGCCCUGUCUGUUCCACAUCACACCGGCCGCGGUGCCGGAGUCGCCGUCCUCCUGCACGUCCCACAACGGCACGGACGGCUCCGUGGCCGUGCUGUGCCGUGCUCCGGCCGCGGACGUGCUACCCCGUCGGUACGUGCUGGAGGUGCGCGGCCCGGCCGGUGAGCUGCUGCUCAACCUCAGCGCCGGCACGCCGCGCUUCCUGGUGCCGGCACACCUCAGCAGCAGCUACCAUCAGAUUAUUCUUUUCGCCGAGAACGCUAAGGGCCGCAGUAAGCCUCUGGUGAUCGAUACGCACCCGGCCCGAGACGCCGUGGAGCGCCGCACAGAGCGUAUCAUCGACGGCUCGCUCAAGGCCAACGCGCCUGGAGCCGCCGCCGACUCGGAGCCGCCGACCGUGGUGCCGUCGCUGACCCUGCUACUGGUGGCGGCUGGCGCCGGCGCCCUGCUGGUCACCCUGCCCGUGCUGGCCGUGGUGCUGCUGCGCCGCCGCCGCCGCCGCCGCCCAGCGGGCCGACCAGCACCCCCGGCCCCCACCAGCCCGGGCCCAGCGCCGGCAACCAGCGCUGGCCGGCCGGGCCGCCCGCCACCGGCCGCCCACCAGCCGUAUUACGAAAUUUGCCAGUGA